AUGGGUCAUUCUCUUCGCAUAUGGCGUUGGUUUUUCGAUGUUUCGAAUCCACAUGAUCCAAAGCUGCGAGGGUGGUUACAUCCCGCUUGCGCAUUGGCAUUUAAUUUGAGUUUGGCCCUUCUGGUCGCUGGUUCUGCUUUCUUGGCGGCUCCUCCGACGUUUCACGGAGCAUGGAUGAAACACCAGCCUCAGGCAGUACUCUACUUUGCAGAAGGCGCCGCUGGCCUUGUAGACAACUUGAAGGGAGUUGGCCUCCAACCCCCCUUUCUGUGGCUAUGGCGAACAGUUGGGAAUGCUCUGUUGCCGGACAAACUGCUGUUCGACCAAGAGCAGGCCUUCGCACUGUAUGAACCGGAAGAAGGGGGAUUUAGUCCGCGUGCAUUUGGGACUUUUCUUGCGAUUUAUCUCGCAUUGAUGCUUGCCAGCCGUUUGUACGAAAAGGGGCCAGUGAUGCUCUAUGAUGCGGCCUGGGCCUGCAACUUAGCCUUGGCUCUAACAGCUGUUGCGCUGUGGCUCAACAUCCCCUUCAUCGUCAGCGCAAGCUCCUGCUGGGUAGCUGUAGACCAGCUGCUUUGGUACGUGGAUUGCAUUUCAUACAUAAUACGUGGGCGCUUCUUGGUCGGUGUUGCAAAGUACAUUGCAAAUAAGGAUACGCGCCGCCCCUCUAGCAGUGGAAAGGCUAGCGACUUGAAAAGCGGCAGCAGAACCGAGAAGGGCACAAUGGAUGUGCUGAAUGUAAACGUGUCGUGGCGUUGCUGGGCAGAUGUGACGCAUCAUUUGCCUUUCCUUGGCAUGUUCGAUGACAAGCCCUGGUACAUGUUUGUCUUGUGGAAUCAGCUCGUGUGGGGCCUCGGGAACUGCAUCCUCUUUGGCAUGUUUCUAACUGUUUCCAACCUCCUUAGACGCUGA